ACCAGUUGACUUCGACUCGGCGGAGCAUCAGGUGGCUCACGCUGAUAUCCUUCUCGAGUGCGCACCUGUCUCUCUGUUUUUCUGAGGUUGCAAAAAAGAACAAAGUGUAACUUACAUGUGAGCAUCGUGAAUAAGUGCAGUUUGUUUCAGUUUCAUUUUCACCAGCAAGAGUAGCAGCAGCAAAAGCCAUGAUUUGAAUAUUUAUUUCACUCAACACUGUACCACGUGUUCGUCCUUAGCGGGUGAAGUUGGUUUAAAACGUUUGUAUAUUUUUUUGAAUUUUAGGGUGGAUCGUAAACGUUCAGUGUUCAGUGUUAAAGUUUUAGCGCUUUUUAUUUUAAUCUAAUGAGACUGCACGUGAUGUCCGUUGCGAGCAACGGGCAAGUGGCACUGGCUUUGCUAGUGUCGCUUGCCACGCUGACCAGGAUUGCAGCCGUACCAACGUCGGUGCUAGCGGAUUCGAAAGAAACCAACGGUCACCACGAUGUUACGGCUACGGCACCGGGACUGAAUCAGCUGACCAAUGACGACACGAGCUAUGGCGACGCCAAACCAGAAUCAUCCAAUCCACAGAAGCGUGGUGUCAAUCCGCUGCUGUACCAGGAGACGGAACUGCGCAACGAUUACUCCGGCAACUCGAUCCCUCAGAACGGUAUCUGGGAGGAUUUAAGCGUACCGGUACCAGGGCCACUGUCCGGCUAUCCGCUAGGACUGUCGUUCGAGGAUGAGCUGGCCGGUCUGGCCGGAUCCGGAGCCGUUGGACGACCCGAGCGUACGUACGACGUGUUGCAGCGGCUUCUCCUUCAUCGGAAUCAACCCUUCAAUGGGGCUCCCGUGUCCGGUGGCGUUGAUGUCGGUUAUCCGCUGCGGCUACAUGGUUACGGUAACCGGAAGAAGCGCACUCCGGCCACACAGAAAUCACACAACUCGGGCUUAAGAUUGAAGCGAAAUACCAAUAAGCUGUCACCGGCCGAAGUGUUCUCGCUGCUGGCACUGAUGGACUCCCGCGAUCCGUACCACUCGCUGCAACCCCUGCCGGACUAUCUGCCCGAUGCAGCCCCCGAUAUGCUGGCUUACGUUCCGAAUGGGCUCUACCAGGACAUACCGCUACCGUUGGCCCUCGAACGGCUGCUCGCCGAACGCAACGAACUAAGCCCGUCGGACGACUUUGCCUACGAGGAUGGCGGUGAGUGGAUGAACGGAUGGACGGAACCGUCGGUCGACUAUCUAGGCCUACCGUUGGCCGACCUGGACGCCCUUGGUCAGCUUGGCGAAGGCUUCGGUUACGGCAAAUCAUCCAACACCAACAAGAACGUCUAUCUGCCCCAGAAGCGCUUCAUGGUGGCCAAGAAGAAGCGAAGCACAGGCUCAGCACAGACGCAGCCGGCCACCGGUUCCGGUUGCAAGACCGGCGAUGUGGGCUGCAACAGCCGCUACGGUACCAUACAGGCAGCGGCCUAAUCACGCACAGGAACGACUCGGAACAAGAAGGACACAAGAAAUAGCGACGCACCCAACGGACCACGAGUAUCGGAAAACAAUCAAUCGCACUGUACCCAAAAGUGUUAAUUGUGUCAUUGUAUCAACGUUACGUAUUUGCUAGCUGGAGACCGGACAGCGUACUCCGAAACCACAACCAACAAAAAAUCAACACAAAAAAUUGAUGAGGCACAUCCACAAUAUAUCAGCUUGAAUUUUCCUAUCAUUUUCAUGUUCCGCGUGCACCAGUGUGCAUUGCACACUGUUUGUUCCGUUUGGCUGGCUGCAAGGCAAGCAAACAGUCGCACGCUGUCUGGGAGGGAGGGAAAAAUGGAGAGUUCAGGAGUGAAAUUGAUUGUGUUUGAGGCUGUAGGCUAACCUCUAUUUUACUCUCGAACCUAGCUUUUCCACGUCAGCAUGGCGGAACCUUAUUAUGCUUUAAAAAAAAAAACCUAACGUUUGUCAGCGGUACCACCGCCGUAUAGUGGGCAGCGAACGCCUUUGUUAACGGCUCGUUUUUGUCCAACAUCUUCCCCCAACUCAAAAUAAAACAUAUAAAAACACAGAGACAUUCUAUAACAAAGCGGUUAUUGCUCUAUUACCACCUUCUUAGACGUUGAAUGGCUACCAUUGCAGAAGACAUCCAUGUAUUGCUCUAGUGGAUUCGUAUUCGUAUACAUACUUGUAUUACUCGUAUUUAGCCGUGUCUCAAGGUACACAGCACACCCUUCCCCUAGAUGAUGUAGAUGACGCAGAGAUACAGACACUGUUAGGAUCUGCUCACUGCUGGUAGAUGUAGACCAAAAUGCAUACCCUAAUGUUAAUCGUAACCGAACGCGCAUGAUGUUUAUCAGUGUAUUUAACGUAGAUGUACCUAAAUCGUUCAAUCGAAACUGCUCUUCUAUACAAUAACGGUUCGCACAGACCGUGUACGCGCAUGAUAACAUGACAAGAAACUGGCUCAGAGGUAAAUAAUUUUUAGUCAAGUAAGCAACCAACCUGCACAGGAACGCUAUUCCUACACCUAACAUUAAACAAGAGGCAAAAAGUAAAACACUCUCUCACGCAUCCAAUAUUUAUAUUAAUCACACAAAUAAUGCAUACAUAUAUACAUAUACAUAUAUAUAAACAUCAUACCAUAAUGUAGUAAAUGACUCUCUACCUAAAUAACGGCACAUUGUAAGUGGUUAAUGAAAGGAAAGAAAAAAACUCACAAAAACGAAACAAAAGAAGAUAAAUCAAAACACACGACCCUACCUACACGUACACGCAGAUGAUGCUGCAGCAGGGUUCAGUUCAGUACUAUGCAGGAAUGCAUUAUGUUUAGGAAUGUUUUAUAAUACAUUAAAAGAUGACGAUGACGACGAAGGCGAAGAUGAGACGUGGAGCGACCAUCAAGCUGGAUAAACUGGUGGCUCGUCGACAGCAACUGUUAAGGAUUUGUUCAGUUUGGUCACUCUACUGAAGUCACACUGGUCAAGAGACAUGGCACUAAAUAGUGCUGUGAUCCUGGAAGACGAAGUGGGGCCCCUAAUAGGAUCGGCAGACAAAAUGCCAGAAAGUGUGUUUGAGCGUGCAUGUGUACGAAAACGCAAAUGCCACUGGAUCUGGAAUCCGUGGCGCUGAAAGGAGUUAGUGAAAGCGCUAGGCUUUGCAUGGCACAGAUUUGUGAAACCAAGAUGAUGAAAUAAAGCGAUGGAAAAGUACACACGAAACUGACGGUCGGAAAGGGACCACUUUUCAACUUGUUGCGUCCUUCUGCGCUUGAUAUGAUUUCAGUUCGGCCAUCAUUGCUUGCACCUUUUAGAACCGUUUAUUCUAUUUUUGUUUCGUUCUUAGUUUCGUAACGUGCACAUCUACAGUUCCGUAUUUGUUAAAGAGGAUUGUAAUGUUAUUU